AUGCACUUCGCCGCGGGGAUCUGUUUCUUCCUCCAGGCUUUCGCCCUCGUAACCCUCCGGGCGGACGGGCAGAAGAAAAAGGAGGAGGGCGCCUCCGCCGACGAAGUUCAAAUGGAAGUCGUGCACGUCCCCGAAAACUGCCAUCCGAAGAGCAAGAAGGGGGACCUGCUUAAUGCCCAUUACGACGGGUACCUGGCCGGGGAGAAGUCCAAGUUCUAUUGCAGUCGAACACAAAACAACGGCCACCCAAAAUGGUUUGUCCUUGGUGUCGGACAAGUAAUUAAAGGUUUAGAUAUUGCAAUGCUGAACAUGUGUCCUGGAGAGAAACGGAAAGUGAUCAUCCCUCCAUCACUCGCCUAUGGGGAGCAAGGAUAUGAACCUGCAAAGAUUCCACCUAACGCAACACUGAUCUUUGAGAUUGAACUGUAUGCAGUAACACAAGGACCCCGCAGUGUUGAAGCAUUUUCCCAAAUGGACCUGGACAGUGACAAAAAACUCUCAAAACAUGAGAUAGACCAUUACCUGAAGAAGGAAUUUGAAAGAGAUGGCAAGAAACGCGACCCUUCCGUUCAUCAUGAUGUUUUGCUGGAUAUAUUUAAAAAGAACGACCAUGACGGAGACGGCUUCAUAUCUGCCAAGGAAUAUAACGUCUACCAACACGAUGAACUAUAACAAAUCAUUGCUAACAGAAGUCUGUAUGGCAGGAAUGGGGAAUCUGCAGCCCAAUGUUGUUGGACUUCUGCUCCCAUCAGCCCAAAUCAGCUUGGCCAAUGGUGAUAGGAGAUGCAGUCCAACAGCAGCUAGAAGGCCACGGGUUCCCCAUCCCUGUUUUAUGGACAUUUGUGUCCCAGUCCAGCAGUUCCUCCCAUGCGCACAUGGAGCUUUCACAAGGACUUCCCCAUGCCCUUCAGUGGAGGGGACACAACUUUGUUACCCACUGCACUGAAGGUAGUAUGAAAUCCUGCUAGUUGAGGAGCCCCAAAUACACAUUGAAGUGAAGAUGUACCAUUUGUAACCAAGUACACAGCUUUUUGUGAGUAACACUCUUCAGCUCUGUUUGAUUUCCCUGUGACUUGUCCAUUAGAUUAAUGGCUUUAACCAAAAUGGAAUUCUUUUGUCACAUAAUAUUUCAUGUAUGUUGGUUCUGGGAAUUUUUUUAUACCUUUUUAUCAUGAUUAAAAAUGUUACUGAAAUGUAAAUGAAAUAGGGGUGGCUCCACAUACUUUGUAUUUCUUAUGAAAUAAUCUGAAUUAAAGUUGUUAAGAGUUAACGGGGAAUUUACAGCUAUGCCAAAUAUAGUGUUGUUGCUGAUGAAGUAAUUUCCCUUUUUUGUUUUCUAUUGUUUGCUCCAAAUUGCCCCUCCACCCCUGUGGCAUCUUUACUCCCCUCACGGUUAACAUUCAUUUUGAAAAUAUGUGGGAGCCAUUUUUGGAGCAGGUCAAGUGUUGCCUUAAUGGCACUGUAGCUCAGUUGCACAUUUUCACUUAAUGGCCUGAUUCACACAUAAUGCUAGCCCACGGUUUGUUUAGCCAAAGUAUGGCUUAUUGCAGUGUCCAAAAAUUAGCCAAGUAGACUAAUUAUGGGGGGAGUGUCUGCUUUUUUGGCAACAAACCAGCAUGAAACCAUAGUUUUGGCUUAUGAACUGUGGCUUGUUUUAUCUGUGGUUUAGUAUUCUGUCUGAAGCAUCUCUCUUUUUUUAGCCACCCCACCCUGAUACUACAACAUUUGGGGCUCUUAGUUUGGAGGGAAAGGCACAUAAGAGAAGAUAGUAAGAGGUGUAUAAAAUAAAUUGGUUCACUCAUGAGGCAGUGAGAGUGCCAACCUGGAUGGCUUUUAAAGAGGUUGACAAAUUCAUGGCUACUAACCCUGAUGAUACGUUUUCCCUUCCUCAGAAGCAUCUAAAUACCAGUUCAUGGAAACUGCAGGAGGGGAGAGUGGUGUCGUGCUCGUAUCCUGCUUACAUGCUAGCCACUGUGAACAGGAGGCUGGACUAAAUGGGCCGUUAGCCUAAUCAAACAGGCUCUCAUGUUCUUACCCUGCGGCAGAUAGGGUACCCAUGUUUCAUUAUUCACCGCCGCCACCGCCAUGUCCUCCAGCAUAUGGGGAAAGUAAAGUGUGUCAUCUGUGUGGAAACAGCUAUGUACAAGCUAGGUACUGUAUUACUGAUUAAAUGCACAACUCUUGGGCAACUUAAAUGCCAGUUAGGUCUCCCCCACCGUGUUUAUAUCAAAAACCAAACAGCACUGGAGUCAAGAAAGAAUCCAGGGCUCAGUGGCUGUGCUAUAUUCAGAUCUAAAGAGAAUCAGGUGUUUAAUCCCUUCUAUUUUUACAAAUGCAUUGGUAGAUAAAUAUGUAGCAGAAGUUCUAGACAACCCCAGCAGUGCCAAUUUUAACAAGCGGUUUUAAACACAGUGGCAGAUACUGCCACCUAAUGGCUAGAUCUCAAUGAUAAUAGUAUUGCAUACGUACAUCAGGUAUGUAAUUGACUCGUUUAUUCCAAAAUUAUAUAGCUUUGUUACAAAAAAUAUUGUCAAAUACAUCAAAAGGCACCAAAUAACGGCAAGUCUAACAUUUAAAAAAAUACUGAGCUUGCUCUAUAUUAAUGAUAAAUAUGGACUAAAUAGGAGAGAGAUUUAAUUGGGGGUGACAUU